AUGGCUAAACAGGCUAAUACUCUUUUCCUGGAAGAAUGGCUGAGGAGCACUAUUGGUAGUAGUGCGAACCAAUCUUCUACGUCGUCUGCCCGUGCCAUCAUCCAAGCAUGGGCUGAGCUUAGAGACUGCCUUCAACACCAAUCAUUCGAGCCCCAUCACUUUCAGUCUUUGAAAAUUCUUCUUGAUGCUCGCACAUCUCUUCAUGUUGCUGACCCCCAAGCGAAGCUUUUAGUUUCAAUUUUAUCCUCUACAAACCUCGUCAUUCCUCAUGAAGCAUAUCCUCCCCUUCUCCGACUUCUUUAUAUCUGGGUCAGAAAGUCCUUUAGACCCUCUUCUGUACUCAUUGAUUCAGCUGUGGAGGCACUGUCUCAUCUUUUAGCUACUGAAUUUGAUUCUAAGAAGAGCCCUGAGUUUUUCUCUGAAGGUGUACUGCUACUAGGUGCCUUUUCUUUUGUGUCAUCUGUAUCAGAAUCCUCUAAAACAGUCUGCCUGGAGUUGCUCUGUAGGUUGUUGGAGGAUGAGUACAGACUGGUUAGUCCAUUUAGCGGGCUCGUCCCAGAUGUUCUUGCAGGUAUUGGCUAUGCACUAUCUUCGUCUGUUAUUGUUCAUUAUGUUAGAACAUUGAAUGCAUUGCUGGGGAUUUGGGGAAAGGAAGAUGGGCUGCCUGGUAGUGUUUCUAAUGGGCUCAUGAUUUUACAUUUGGUUGAAUGGGUAAUAUCUGGUUUCAUCAAAUCACGUUCUCAAGAGAAAUUGCAAAUAUUUGCUAAAGAGACUCUAGACACUUUGAAGACAGACUGUGUUCCAUUUUCUAUUGUCAUGGCUGCAGCUGGUGUUCUGAGAGCAUUGAAUAGAUCUCCACCAAGUGCUCACGGACUCCUGAUUCUUUCCAGCUUAAGGGUUUCUGCAGAAAAUAGAAUAGAGUCUGUGGCACGAGGAUUUAUUUCUAGAAGUAGAGACUUAGAUAAUUCUGGUGAUGAUUGCACAACCAGUCUUCUACUUCAGUGCAUUUCGUUAGCUUUGGCUCGGUGUGGUUCAGUGUCUUCCCAACCUCCUCUGCUUAUAUCCCUUGCUUCAGCGUUAUUAACGGAGAUAUUUCCUUUGCGGCGUCUAUAUGCAAGGAUUCUUGAGCCAACACAUGGCAGUCCAGUGGGACUGGAGCCUGGCAAGAUUAAAGAACAUCUAAGCAGUGUCAUUUUUAAGGAAGCAGGGGCCAUUAGUGGUGUUUUCUGCAAUCAAUACAUGUUAGUAGACGAGGAGAACAAGAUUAUAGUGGAAAAUAUGAUAUGGCGAUUCUGCCAAGAACUCUACUCCGGGCAUCGGCAAGUGGCUUUCUUGCUACGUGGGAAAGCAGAUGAGUUGCUUGAGGAUAUAGAGAAAAUUGCUGAGUCUGCUUUCCUUAUGGUUGUGGUAUUUGCAUUGGCUGUUACAAAGCAGAAACUAAAUUCAAAAUUCUCAACUGAAAGGCAGAUGGAGACAUCUGUCUUGAUACUAGUUUCAUUCUCUUGUUUAGAGUAUUUCCGGCGUAUGCGUUUGUCAGAAUAUAUGGAUGCAAUACGAGGGGUUGUUGUCAGUGCACAGGAGAAUGAGACUGCAUGUAUCUCUUUUGUGGAGUCUAUUCCCACUUAUGUUGAUCUGACAAGUUCUCAAGAAUUCCGGCAGAAAGUGGAUUACAUAUGGUUCAAGGAUGAAGUACAGACUGCCCGCAUUUUGUUUUACCUGCGGGUUAUUCCGACUUGCAUUGAACGCUUGCCUGGCUCUGUAUUUAGCAGAGUUGUUGCCCCAACAAUGUUCUUAUAUGUGGGACAUCCAAAUGGAAAAGUAGCUCGAGCUUCACAUACUAUGUUUGCAGCUUUCAUAUCCUCGGGGAAGGACACUAAUGAGAAUGAAAAAGAGUUACUGAAGGAGCAACUUGCUUUCUACUACGUGCAGAGAUCUUUAGCAGGAUUUCCCGUUAUCACUCCUUUUGAGGGUAUGGCUUCUGGAGUUGCAGCCAUGGUCCGAAAUCUUCCUGCUGGAAGUCCAGCCACAUUUUACUGUAUCCACAGUCUCGUUGAAAAAGCAAGCAAGCUCUGUGCUGAUAUUGCCACCCAGAAGCCUAAUAUGUGGAAAAACUGGGAAGGGGAGUCAGAGCCUUGUAAGAAAAUCUUAGAAUUGCUUUUACGGCUUAUUUCCCUUGUUGAUAUACAAGUACUACCAGACUUGAUGAAGUUGUUGGCACAGCUGAUUGUUGCGUUACCGAAAGAAGGCCAGAAUGUGGUUCUAAAUGAGUUAUAUUCACAGGUUGCUGAAUCUGAUGAUGUCACGCGCAAGCCAACAUUAGUUUCAUGGCUGCAAUCAGUAUCGUACCUUUGUUCUCAAUCAAUAAGUGAAAGUGCACCUUCAAAAGCCCUUGAUUGGUUGAAUUGGACAUCAGUUUUGGUAAAGGCAUAUGCACAGAUGUUGGAUGCUGAAAUUCCGUGGUUGUUGCCGGCGUUUCGGAUGGUUCAUUUGAUGUCUGUUUUGUGA